UUUAUCGUUAGAAUUGGCGAGCCAGAUAGAAGCUGCGGUUCUCAAGUCACAUAGAGAACCAAGUAUAUUUGAAGAGAAGCCGUUCUGCGGAGCUCCGCCGUUAACGCCAUUAAACCUUUCUCUUCUAUGGCGUCGUCUUCCUGGUCUCUGGAGAUCGCUGGAGGAGGAAGCAAGCCUGUGUUAACCGGUCGAGAUUUCAGGCAGAAGCCACGCUAUCGCUUCUCUUCGCUCCAGCUUAAUACUCCACUCCGGCGCCGGCCGGCCUCAUCGGUGCGCGCCUUGGAGUCCCACUCGAACAGUUGCGUCUUGCCGGUGAAGUUCGAUUCGUUAACUUGUUCUACCGCACGCGGGAGUGAUGGACGCGAUCGGAUCACGGUGCAAAAGCUGGAUGAUUGGAUGCGAGGCUCCAUUGGGGAGAUUGUGAGGAAUAUUGGAAAAGCCCCUUUUCUGGCACGGGUUUUCUCGGAUGAAUCUGAGUCGAAGCGGGCUGGUUCGUCGUCAUCGGGGUUGAUGAUCGAGGAAGCUGCGACGGCGGAGGGAUGGUUAGGGAUCAAGCAGCGUUGGGAGCAGGAGAGUUCUGUUCCAGAUGGGGUUAUUUUGGUGGAAGAACUGGAUUCCAAGGAAGAAGAUGAAGGUGAGGGAGGCAGGGGCGGCCGGAGUAAUGUGAGGUGGGGGGUAGUGGUCCAAGGAAGGGGGUUGGAUUGUUCGGCUUGCUAUAUAUUGAAUACUUGCAGGGUACGAUCAUCAAUGGGGUUUUGCACGCAUUUCUGCUUGGUGAGAGCCCAAUGCUUUGGAGAUCCGGUGGGAGUGCAGCUGAAGAAUGUUUGGCUUCAGAACGAAAGGUAGAAGGUGGCGGGGGAGAUGAAUUGACUCCAUUGAUUAUUGUGGAUAGAUCAUGGCUUUUAUUCAAUUUUCAUGCUUUAAUGCCUCUAAAAUGUGAAUUUUUAAGGUGUAAUUUGUGUUUUCGUGAUGAAAUAGAUACAAUUA